CGAAAAGCCAGUUUGCCGCGUGCCGUCGAUCGGUGAAGAACGUUCAGUUCGUGCGUAUUCGCUUCGUAGUUUUACGCUAUUUUUUCUAAACUAUUUUUGGACUUUUUUCUCUUCUUUUGAAUGAGAAGGAUGUACACGGGGUGGGGGCGCCGUGGUUCAGUGUAGGGUGCGCGGUUUCCCUUUUUGGUUUGGAUUCACACAAGCCUUAUUAAGAGCGACAUGUCUGCGGCCAAAGUUUUCGUGAAUUUCUUUUUUGCUAUUGGUUUGUACACGGUGUUUUGCAACGCAGACGAGCCCUACUUCACGAAAAGUCCCAAAGACGUCCCGGUGGUGGUGGGUACUUCGGUGACGUUACCGUGCGAGGCGACUCCCGGUGACGGAAUCGUGUACUACUGGGAACUGAACGGUUCCAAAGUGAUAAACACCACGAGACGGUUUAUGCAAGGCAGCGAUCUUCACAUCACCAGGGUCGACCGGGAACGGGACGUGGGCGAGUUCACUUGCAUAGUCGAGGAUAUUUCUCGAAAGAAUCCGCCCAUCAGCAGCUCCACCGCUUCCUUAAUAUUCGAAUUUAUCGAGGAGCCGGAGGUGGUGCUGCACGAACCCCCGAAGCCUCAAGAGAUCAAGAACGGGGGUGCCGUGGUGCUGAAAUGCCACCUGGACGCCUCCGGAGACGUUCACAUCAAGUGGUUCAGAAACUCUCGUCCACUGAGCACCAACUCGACGAAACUGGAGCUAAAGAAGCGCAGACUGACCAUAAAACAUGUGGACUCCCUGGAUAAUGGAGUGUACAAAUGUGAGGCGAACAAUUCGGCUGGAAGCAGGAAAAGUGCCAAGGGCUUCGCUCUGGCAGUCGAAGGAGAAAACUCUCCACUGAUCCAAACGAUACCCGCGGACCAAAUCCUCAAAAAGGGAACGACCGCUUACUUCCACUGUUCGUACCAAAGAGCAGACGUGUUAGAAUGGUACUUCAAAGAAUCCGGGCCGCUCAAAACCAAAGAACGAAUCACGGUACAUUCUAAUGGUACCUUGCAAAUAAACGACGUGAGCGAGGAGGACGUGGGCUGGUACAACUGCGUGGGGAUCAAAAGCGAAUCCACCGAGGUACCUCAGAGCUACACCGCCGAAGUAGCUUUGGCUUUUAUAGAACCUUUUACCGAAUCCUCUUUCGAGCCGCCUUUGAAGUUUGGCUCGGAACAACCGGUGGGCGAAGGAACCUUGUUUCAGUUGACUUGUUUGGAACCAAAGAGCUUCCCUUUGGCCAAGAAAUGGUGGCAGAACUCCGCAGGACAUACGAUAUCUGAUCGAGGAGACAUCUAUGUCGAUGAUGGCAGACUGAUUAUUACCAAAGUGAAACAGUCUGACGCAGGAAAGUACACUUGUGUUGCAGAAAAUGUUGCGGGAAAAACUGAGAAGAUGGUGGACAUAGUGGUCACCACUAAGCCAACGGUGACCCAGGACCCUGUCAGCAUCACCGUGGACGAAAACGACAAAUCGGUGCUGACCUGCCAAUACAGCACCUCUUUUCCCAAAUAUACCGUGGUAAAGUGGCGUAAGGACGGAAAACUUUUAAAGCACGAGUUUGACGAAACCAGCCCCUCGCACCAAAGGAUCCGGGUGUACAAACACAACGGGACGUUGAUCAUUCAUUCCACCCAAUCCUCAGACCGGGGCGAAUACAUUUGCGAAGUGAUCACCGAAGGAUUUGAGGCGGUACCCUCGCAACCUGCCACCAUAUCCGUUAUAGAACAACUCCGGUUCGUACCGGCCCCGGUAAACAGAAAACUGGAACUGGACAGCACCGGAAAGAAGAUCCAUUGUAAGGCACAAGGCACCCCGCCACCCCUCGUCCAUUGGGAGAAAGAAGGACUCACCCCAGAUAAUUUUCCAGCCCACAUUACUGAUAUGAACGGCACCUUGCAUUUCAAUAAAGUGACCGCUGCCGACAAAGGGAAGUACCACUGUAUCGCCACCAAUAGCCAAGGAACCAUUAACGCCUCUAUUAAUAUAGACGUUGUCGUUGCUCCACGGUUCGUUGUGCCACCCAAAACUCCCUUGAACGUUAACGAGGGAGACUCGGUAAUGAUUGAUUGCAUAGUAGAGGGAGACCCAGAGCCUACUGUCCAGUGGGACAAGAACUCCAAAAUGAACGAUUUAGACCCCAAGAGAUAUAGAGUGCUGGAAAACGGUUCAUUGUACAUCAAAGAGGUCGGGCGGGAAGAUCAAAACAAAUACGGAUGCACCGCGGGCAGCAGUGCCGGACUAAACAGGAAAGAAGUCGAAUUAUUUGUGCACACCAGCGACGGAUUUCAGACGGUCCAAGGGGACACAACCGUAACAAAAGCAGUGCUGAUCACCAUGUCCGUAGCGGGAGCGUAUAUAGUCCUGGUCAUCGGCCUGAUGGUGUGGUGCAGAUACCGAAGAAAAUCCCGAAAGCUCCCUAUCGGCGAUGGAAAACUUGACAACGGAGACAUGGAAAACCAGGAAUUGAAGGCGGCAGAGAACGGGGUCGUACCCGGACCCUCCAAAUGCGCCUUAAACGGCAUAGAAACGCACCGAGAGGGCCAGAGGAGCGACGGUGCCGAAACCUGCAACUCACAAGCCUCCGGCCAGUCCAAGAAGUCGAAAAGCAGCUACGACAAGUUGGCCCUCAGCAGAACCCUGCUAAAAGAUCUGACCCUGAUAGGGCGAGGGGAGUUCGGUGACGUGAUGAUUGCGAAACUGUCGGAGACUCACGUGGACAAAGCGACCAAUAAGAGGAGCAGCUCAAACUCCGCCAAAGAAGAGGAGGCCUCCGCACAAGAGGAAAUCGUCAAAGAGGUUUCGGUUCUCGUAAAGGUACUGACGCAAACAAAAGACGAAAACAGUUUGGCGGAAUUCAAGAGGGAAAUCGACAUGUUCAGCAAACUGAGCCACGAUAACCUGACGAAGUUGCUCGGACUAUGCAGGGAACAGGAGCCGCAUUAUCUGAUCAUGGAACACACCGAAUGGGGAGACUUAAAGAAGUUCUUAUUGGCAACGAAGACCGGCAGUCCACCCGCCUUGACCACCAUUCAAAGCGUGGCCAUAGCGCAUCAAACCAGCAGGGCCAUGGAUUAUUUGGCCAAUCAGCGGUUGGUCCAUAAGGAUUUGGCCGCGAGGAAUUGCCUGAUCACGUCGAAUUUGGUCGUGAAGAUCGGUCUGCCCAGGAUGACCAAGGAGCCGUACAGUCAGGAGUAUUGCAAACACGCUAACCAGAUCAUCCCGCUGAGGUGGCUUCCGUACGAGGCGGUCUACGAAGACGAAUACUCGACCAAAAGUGACGUUUACUCGUUCGCGGUGCUGGUGUGGGAGAUUUUCGCGCAGGGCGAGUUGCCCCACAGUAAAAUCAACGACACGAGUUUCCUCGGGAAACUGAAGGAGAAGAAACUGGAGUGGAAAUCGUUCGCUGGCACCCCGGAGGCUUUGGAAAAGAUUCAGGAGUUGUGUUGGGACGUGAAUCCGCAAAACAGGCCCGCCUUCGGACAAAUCUCGACGGAUAUUAAGGAGAUUCUCAAGAGUUUGUAAAAAGUUGUCGGGUUUUCCUUAUUAUUAUUAUUAUUAUUAUUGUCAAUUAAUUAAGCUUUUGUACAUAUAAUAGCGACAGACUGAAUAAGAAAAUUCAAUAAAAUAAUCUCAAUAAUGGGGGCUUGCCAUGUUAAGUAUUAUUUUUCGACUGAUUUCUCUGGAUUUUUUUCCGGCUCAAAGGACCAACAAAUGUUCCUUUUUUUUACUGCAUAUUUUUCGUUUUUAGGAGGUUCACAAGACUUGACGGUGUGUACAUAUCAUUUUAGUUUAGGUGUGGAUGUAUAAUUCAUAUUAAGUUUGCAUGUGUUUUUUAUUUUGUGUAUAUUAAACGUACGCCACUGAACACUGCCAAGAUACUCCCAUUUCGCUUCCUUUUCGUCGGACGGUCUCUUUUUAGCUUACGAUUGUAGAUUUAUAUACCGGAAGUAGCUAAUCGUGCUUUAAAAGGUUUCUUGAAUGAACAUUGUAACAUAGUAAACGAUAGGCCCAUAAUGAAGGAGUAGAUUUCGUAGGUUUAAGUCAGUAUUUAAUGCUGGGGAAGCAUCAAAAUGUUCCCAAACAAUUGUAUGAAAUGUAAUCCAGUCCAGUUUUUGAUUUUAUAACGUCGUAGCUUUAUAUAUAAAUAAAUAAUUACUGUUUUUUUAUUAUUAUUAAUAUUAUUCUUAAUGUAAUCAUCCUUAUUGUGAUACAUAUUCUAAAUUAUGAAUAAAAUAAUUAUAAUAUUUA